AUGGCCUCCAAAAUAACACCCUUCGUUUUCCGAUCAGCAUUCAGACCAGCAAGAAUAGCUUCAAGAUCACAAUGUCGGUCAUUUGUUGCCGGUAGCAGAUUAUCCAGCGAUUCCCUCAUGGUUCAUCGCGAUACACCCGACAAUAAUGCCUCUAUUCCUUUUAAAUUCACACCUCAAAAUGAGAAGAUCAUCGAAGAGAUUCUCAAGAAAUACCCCCCGCAAUACAAAAAGGCAGCCGUUAUGCCGAUUCUCGAUCUUGGACAACGUCAACAUGGAUUUACCAGUUUGAGUGUUAUGAACGAAGUUGCUAGACUAUUGGAAAUGCCUCCUAUGAGAGUUUAUGAAGUGGCUACCUUUUAUACCAUGUAUAACAGAACUCCAGUGGGCAAAUUCCAUGUGCAAGCUUGUACUACGACUCCUUGUCAAUUGGGUGGUUGUGGAAGUGAUGCAAUCGUCAAGGCAAUCGAAGGGCACCUUGGUAUCAAGCCUGGCCACACCACAAAGGACGGAUUAUUUACCUUUGUCGAAGUCGAAUGUCUGGGCGCAUGUGUAAAUGCCCCAAUGGUUCAAAUCAACGACGAUUUCUACGAAGAUUUGACACCCGAGUCAACCGUCACAUUACUCAAGGCACUUCAAUCCAGCGCCUCGGAAAUUGCCAAUUCGGAAGCUGGAAAAGGUGCCAUUACAGGCGAAGAUGGCAAUGUCAAGUCUGGAUCUGAAGUUGGAGAGGACGCAGGAAGAAUUUAUAAUAAGGGAGGUGUUAAGGUACCAAGUCCAGGACCAAUGAGUGGAAGGAAGACUUGUGAGAAUAUCAAGGGUUUGACGAAUUUGACGAGUGAGCCAUGGAGUAAGGAGGUUUUCAAGCCAGAAUGGCAAUAG